AUGCUUCUUAUUUUGGCUGUUAUCGCGGUUUUGUCAACUCAUACUGUCGCUGUGAAGUGCCCAGAGGCCCAGCAAAGACGUUGUGAGAAUCAUCCUAGUCCUGUUGUUCUUUGUGACAAUGCUGUUUUUAACCAUGAAAUUGCAAAAGCAUUUCAAGACCAUUGCCGUCGCCAUGGUAAUUAUACUUGGAAUUUGACCUACAAUGUAAGCCUGCAUUGUGCGCUCGACUUGGAUGUACUAAACGGCUGGUGGAGUGGCUACCACUCACAUGAGAAUGAUGGUUGGAAAGGGUGGAGCUAUAUGAGUUGGCUAACAUACCACAACUUCCGAAAUCAACCAAUUUCCGCUUACGUUGAUAAAUUUGCAGAUCGAGAGGGAGAUCUGUGUAGUUAUCCCCCAUCAAUUGGUAGACCUUGCGGUUCGAAUUCUUUCCAUAAUUCCACCUUGGACCGGAGUGGAGCGCGAUAUCCCAAUGCCACGGCGUCAAAUGGAAUGGAACUUGGCAAUCUUCGAGAACAUGCAUUAUCGCUUAUGAAAGAGCUUGGCCUAGCUUGUAGAGAUGUGCGGACGAGAGAAGAAAUCCACAACAAAAUCAGACCAUGUAUCGUCGAAGUGAUACGACGAGACUAUGCUGCGAAUGGUGGACCGGAAACAUUUUUGUCAUAUGAAGACCUCGAUCAGGGACGAAUAUCAGUUAUUCGUGAACUUCAUGUCUACGGUUCUGUUGUGCCGGUUUCUGGAAAUCCAUCAAAAUUUCAACAUCAGGGCUUUGACCAGUUACUCAUGGAAGAGGCAGCUAGAAUAGCUUUCUACGAGCAUAAUCAGAGAAGAUUGUUGUUAUAUGUGGCGUUGGAACUAGAGGAUAUUACAGGUGCAAUAAAAGCAUUAAAUUACUUCCUGUUGUACUCCUAA